GACUUGUUGGGCAACAAACGGAUUGCUAUCAGCGGCUCAGCUAUAACUAUUUAGUUGCAGUAGAUAUAUGUGUACGUAUGAUAUGUACGUGUGCUUGUCUUGCUUCUAUGUAUGUGUAUGAUUGUUUGUGUGUGUGUGUGUGUGUGUUGUCUGAGACAUAUUCAGACGCACGCACUUACUCGCUCAGGCACGCACGGGAGGAGGAGGAGGGGUAGGAGGAGAGAAGGUGACGUGAAUAGGAAAGCUAGCUUGUGUAUGUAUGUAUGUGUGUGUGUGUGUGGUAUUUAUGUGCAUAUAUGAAUGUGCGUGCUGGCAUGUAUGUGUGAGCGUGCGUGCGUGCGUGCGAGCGGGUGUAUUUUAUAUGUGUGUGUGUGUGUGUGUAUACACAUUCAUACUUCGUGAUAGAAGGUGAGGAUGGGCCCAAAGAAAGAGGGAGGGGGAAAAAGAGAGAGAGAGAGAGAACGACGAGUGCGUGUACGCUCUAUGUGUUAGCGUGUGACUUAUGAAAGAAAAAAAAGAGAAAGAAAGAAGUAGACGAAGCAGGUUUGGGCGACACCACGAGCUUAAAUAUCGGAUAGAGGACACGCAGUGAAACGCUUCUGUUCGCCAUACAUACAUGCAUUACAUGUAGGUAGGUGUGCGCAGCGAACCAGGCGCAGCGCCGACCGAUUUCUCCCUUUUCUCUCUCUCUCUCUAUUUCGUGGAGAAGCCAAAUGUUUGUCGUCUUCCACCCGCAUCAGCCACCUGCAAGAUUUAGCCAUUGUCCAUACUCAGUGACCAGCAGCUCUCCAGUUGCAUGAAUUUGGAAAUUGCCAGAGCUGGAGGCUUUUUUCUUACCUUGCUGUCCAUUCCUAGAUGGAUCAUGAUCUUUUUAGUGCUUGAUGGAUUGAUCAGCAUAGUGUAACCGUGAGGCUAGCAUGUUCAGAAAUUAAACAUCCCUUGAUCUUUCACCUCGGGCUAUGGAGCAUCUUCAAAAAGAUGAAGGUGUUUCACUAGAACAAAGUUCUUUAGAGUCUACCAGCCGUAAGUCUAAAGACAACUCCACCCAGAAUGAGAGAGUUGAAGAGCCAACUGCUACUGACGAUGAGGAUGAUUCCCUCAGAAAAGCAGACACCAGUGAUAGUGAUACAAUAGUAGAAGGUUCCUCUCUAGUUGAUGAAGCUGUCAAGACUGUUGCUAAAAACUGUGAUAAGAAUGUGAAAAAUCGUGAUAAAUAUGAUAAGAAAACUAGUGAACAAGAAUCGAAACUGCUUUCAUGUGAUCCGAAAAGUACCGAAAGCGGUGCACGACAACUGCGACGAAGUUUACGAAAUUGUCGCUUAAAUGCCCAGAAAUCAACAGAAUCGUCCUUAGGGGUGGAUGUAAGCUUCGGCCUGUCUUCACAGGACCGCACUUGUCCAUACUGUGGCAUUGUGAAGAAGAGUCCAGCAGAUUUAACACGUCAUGUCCGCAAGCACACGGGAGAAAAGCCAUUUGCUUGUGAGGUAUGUAAGAAAUCUUUCAAGGCCAAACGCAGCUUACAAUAUCACCAAUACAUCAAACAUCACAGCGUUUCCGAAGGUUUUAAUCCUGGUGCCAAAAAGUCUUCGGGGUUUGUUAAAGAGUGGAAAACGCGACGGCUUCGAGCUAAAACUGGUCUGGACAACCAGCUGGAAAACAAGUCGAGUUCGUUAACAUCAAGUCUAUUGAAGUCUUGUAAACAAGGUUCCAGUUCAAAGACAAGCCGCUUGACGUUAAGGAAAAAAUCUAACAAUGCUUAUUUAUCUGCCGUCCCCGAUGCAGAAGCCAGUGCUGCUUCUGCCGGAGUAUCAAGUAAACAUACCAAAUCAAGACUUGCAAACCGGCGGUCAGCUCUAGGUACACGACCUCGGGGUAGACCCCCCCAUGUGUCACAGGCAAUUAUCAAUUAUUCAUGUCCAGUAAAAGAAGAUGGUAAUGAUGCAAAUACAGAGAGUAAUAUGAACUCUGUGAUGUGGAAAACAUCCUUACCAACGGAACAUGCCACACGUGGAAGACCGAGAGGGCCAGGGCGCCGUAAAUCAAUACUGUCCCGACGCUCAUGUCGCCAAUGUGGCAAGGUGUUUCCCAAACCUAGUGACUUGAAAAGACAUUUGAUGGUUCAUUCUGGAGAAAAGCCAUUUCAGUGUGAGGUCUGCAAUAAAGCUUUCAAAGCAAAAGGAAGCAUGCUGUAUCAUAAGAAAGUGGCACAUGGCGUCAACGUAGAGCUGAGCCAAGGUCUGGAAGAGCGUUACCUCCGCCUGAAAACUCGGGCUCAAAUAAAAACCUUUCAUCUACAUGAUAAAACUCAGGAGAAAGAGACUCUCAUGCAACAAGAUGUAGAUUUAACAAUGCAACACAGCCCUGUUCACAUAACAGAUCUUGACAAUGGUGAAAUGCAGGAAGAUAAAGAUUUACUAAGUGAAGGCAAAACUUCAGAAGUUCUCACACCAACACAAAAUCCGAGUGGAAGCAGCAACAAUAACAGCUUUGUCCAAACAGAUGACAUAACAGCUGUGAAGCCCUCCACCACUUUUAAAGCAGAGUUGGAGCUUGCUAAGAGCCUUGGUUUAAAUGACCAGAAAAUCAAUGAGGCUAUGGCUGAAGCAAAGCUAUCAAAUUUUGAAUCUUCUCAUUCUUCUCAUCCUCCACUCCCUCACCAGCAAUCCCCACCAGCUUAUUUUGUACCCAGUACUACAUCAUCAUCAGCCACCCCUGUAUUUCCUGUACGGGAGGGUAGCAAACCAGCUGCUUCUCUUUCAAAUAAAAAGUCGGAGGAUCUUGUAAUUUCCACAGAAUCUCCGUUCCGGAAAAAUCGAAUUAGUAUUAAAAAUGAGACUAUUAUUGCCACAAGAAUCGAUGGUGUAAACUUAGAAAAUGGCCUGAAGACAUCUCUAUAUAAGUGCUACCUCUGUGGCAAAUUGUUCAAUUUUCUUAGUAAACUCCAGUGCCACAUGUCUUUGCACUACGAACGGCAUCUGGUCACCUAUCAGUGUGGGAUCUGUGGCAACAACUUUCGCUUCAAAGCUCAGCUGCUUCGCCAUUCCCGAAGACAUCGACUACCCUCCUCAAGAAACACUGUUCAGGUUGACCAGGGAGAACCUUUUCACAACCCCAACCCCAUUAGCCAAACUGCUCCUUUGCCUACAGAAGAAACAAAUGAAACAUUGUCACUUAAUACUGAAUUUAAGGAGCCAGUUCUCGAAAGAGACUCUUCCAAGGAGCCCCCAUUGGUCGACUCCUCUUCUAAUAACCUUUACCAAACUAAUGUUAACCUAUCAUCGGCAGGGUUACCUUCUAGAGAUUUUAGUUGUUCAUAUCAAAAGAUUAAUGGCUGUUAUGUUUGUUUAUAUUGCAGAAAAUCAUUUACAAGGUUUUUCUCCUUACAACGUCAUGAGAGAAUUCACACUGGCUACAAGCCAUGCUAUUGCAAAGAAUGUGGCAAAGGUUUCAGCGAAUACCGUAACUUACGUCAGCACAUUAUGCGUUUCCAUAGUGAUAGCUACCCAUUGGACUAUGUUAGGAAAGUGAGGAAACGUGCAAUCCUUGCUAGCUUGAAGUCUUCCAUUAGACUUGGUUACUUGAAUCGACUUCAAGAACAGACCGAUGCUGAUGGCAUUGGUGUUGACAUGUCCUCAGCUUCCCAAGAGCUUGGUGUUGGCGAAAACCAACAUCCCAUGCUUAGCCAUGGCAACUCAGAUCUGAAAUAUGCUACCAAUGACACUGCCAUCUGCAGUACUCAAUACUCAAAUAGCGACAAAGAAUCUCAGCAGCUGAGACAGGAAGAGGAAGAGCAGGAGAAGGAGAAGUUAAAUGCUAAGGAGAUCUUGAAGAAGGAAGGGAUUAAAGAGGAUGUGACCGUUGUAUUGCCGUCCGAACCUCCAGCCGAGAUAGAAGAUAUGGUGUCUGACCCACACCACACUAAUGGACUCUCUGAAGGUAACUGGUCAGAAAAUACCUCAGAUAAUGGUGACGACAGUGUCAAUGCUGUUGGUGGCCGGGAAAUCAUAGCUGCACCCAAACGGUGUCUCUUACCUCAAAAUAAAAAAGACAGUUUCUUGCUUAAAUCCAGGCGGAAAGCAUCUUUGACAUACAAAGUACAGAACUGCCAGUCCUCCAGGCAAGGAAUUCCACCACCAUUACCCCCGCCACCACCACUUCCCCCUCCGCCACCGCCACCGCCAUUACCACAUAACACUGCUGCUGUUCAACAACAAUCACAUCACACCAAUCCUUCUUCUCUCGCUCCGCCACUGCCUCUCACACCUUCUCCUCAUACAAUUGCAUUGCAACAGAUAGUGGGUGACAGUGACCCAGAAAUGGUAAUGGCACCAUCUUGUAUGGGGCAAAGCCUGUUCAGUACUCAGAGCAGUAUGUUGUCGGGUAUGCCCUCAUUGGGACCAAUAACGUGUAACUCUAUGGUUUUGGGAACACCAUCAUUACCUGCUCAGGCAGCUGCCUCUUUCUUGGCUGCCACUCAGUUAUUAAAUCCAGCCGUGUCGCAGGCCCUCACUGGUUCACCUAUUGUCAAUAUUCCACUCGGUCUUUCUACUGCCAGUGAUCCAUUAUCUCUGGCAACAUCCACUUCCCUUACAGGAACAUCCCAAUGUCCAUCCCCUGAGGAAAGCCUGGUUGGACUUCCACGUGUCCAGUGGCAUGCUCCACUCUCACCAGAUAGUAUUCGGAAUUCUGUUUUAGCUGAUGGACGCAAAUUAACUUCACUUUCCAGAACACACUCCAGGUUACAUGUUGUGAAUUCUCCUGUUGACAGAGAAAAGGUUUGCAAGCCCACUCUACUGCCCGAUGGACGAGCUGUGUACAGGUGCAUCUUUUGUGGCAAAGAUUUCCUUUCCUACUCCGAUAUCAACCGACACAUGGAUUUCCACGAAGUUGAGACUGGUGCGAUUCAGAACAGACAAGGGGAGAUGACCUUGGAAGGAUAUACAUAUGCCCUAGAUGUAACAAAACAAGUUCCUAAAACGGAUAUCCGGCCAUACAAGUGUAAAUUCUGUGAUUACUAUGCACGCACCAAUAGCCAGUUAAAAGUGCACAUGAUGCGCCACCAAGGUAUUCGUGAAUUCUGCUGUAAGCUGUGCAAUUACAAAGGUGUAACUCAGUCAGAUCUGAAUCGCCACAUGAAAUCACAAAUCCAUAUGCUCAAGUCCAGGAAUGAAUGCCCUCACUGCGGAGAAGGGUUUGUGACUCCUAAGAACCUCGAUAAACACAUGGAAGGGGGAAAUUGCCUCGCUAAAAGAGCUAAAGUAGAGCAACAGUAAAAACAACAAAGACACAAACACACACUAAAAAAAAAUCAAAGCAGGAUAUUUUCUUUUGUUGAUAAUGUUCUCCCACAGUUAUGUAAAACACACUUUCCAAGGAAAACUAACUGAAACAAACAAACAUAGUAAAAUUUCUAAAAAAAAGAAAGCAGGAGUUUCUCCCACAUAGCUUAAGUUCAACAGCCCUAUUGUAAUAAUAACAAUAAUUUAUUUUAACUUUUUAAGUUAAAAACAAACUCUCAUUUAUGAUGUUAAUAUUUAUUUUGUUCCUAUUUCAAAUUUCACAUAGUUUUUUUUCUCUCUUUUUCUGUUAUUUGUCAUUUUUUUUUUUUUUUUUAAAUUCUCAAAUUAUUACUUUUUAUAAGACUCUUUGCAUCUGGUAGAUACACCCAUUGCAGCAGAGUACAAAAGUCUUACUCCUUGUCCCACAUGAAGACUGGAUACCAAAUAUGAGCCAAAAAGAAAAUAUAUAUAUUGUUGCAUAUUAUAUUACAGAUUUUUAAUAUAAUAUUUUCCAUUAAUAUUAUUAUUAUUAUUAUUAUUUUUUUAAUUUUUUUUUUUAUGGAUUUGUUUUUUUUCUUUAAGAAGGACAUUACUGUAGGUUUUUACAUUGUAGCUUUUUACACUGUUUUAGUCUCUGAAUGUGUGUAUGUGUGUGUGUAUUUGUAUGUGUGUGUGUGUGUGUAUGUAUAUAUAUAUAUAUAUAUAUAUAUAUAUACACACACACACAUACACAUGCGUAUGUUGUUGCCAGGGGGAUAACAUAUUGAGUGCGAAACUCUGAGUAGUAACAGUGAGUCACCAGCAUUAUACAAAUAUACUUACAUACAUAUGUGUAUAUGUCUCUAUUUGUAUAUGCAUGUAUAUGUACAUACACAUGUACAUGUAUAUAUAGAAAUACCUAUGUACACACCACUACACCCACAUAUAAUAUGCACACUAACACACACAUAUUUAUAUACAUACAUGCAUAUAAAACGUUUGUGUUUAAUCCAUUAAUUCCUUGGUUAUUUAACCUCCACUCUCCUCCAAUUAUUUAUUCAGUGCUGUACUGCAUGAUUUUAGCAAAUAUAUAUUUUUUUUCUCCACUUCCAUGUAAAUAGUGUACAAAAAAACGAUAUGAUAAUUAUUUUUUUUUUCCAAAUAUUUUCUAAAGGCCAAACUGAGAUUCCUCUCUACGUGUAACAAAUGGUCAAUUGGUCAGUCAGAGAGUCAAUAUCAGUCCAGAUGUCAGCUCAGCUCUGUGAUACACUAACUAGUUUCAUAUAUACAUAUAUAUGUAUAUGUGUGUGU